AAUUAAAAACAACGGCAAUCACUAAUGGCCGUUUAAACUUCACGUACAAGUCAUCUUUAAAAACUCAAAGCAUUUACCGGCGAUUUUAAGCUCUGAAACAGAGCUUAAAACAGAGAUAUUCAUGGGCAAACAGUAGCCACCAAUACCAAAAUUUUCCAUCCAUCCUCGUGACUCAUCGCUACUUUACGUACAAAACGAAAACAAAAAGUUAAAGCAAAACCCCACAUCAGAUUUUGUUUAGAAUUGCUCUACACUUGGAAUCUAGACCAAGAACAGGGGAAAAACAAACUUCCUUAAACGGUACUCACAAGAAUGAAUUCUUAUUCUGUGUUUGCUUAACACCAUUCUUGGGAUUGGAGCAAUCUUUUUCCCCAAUGGAGACCCAUUUUUUGAGCAACAGAUGGACAGUUUUAGUAGCCUGCAUAUGGAUAGAAUGUUGUGCAGGGGCUUCAUAUAGUUUUAGCCUUUAUUCCCAGACCAUUAAGACCCGAUUUGGCUACACCCAACAGCAGCUGGAUAUAAUUUCUGUGUUAAAAGACACAGGGGAAUGCAUAGGUAUUGUUUCAGGGCUUCUUUAUGACCGCUUUCCUCCAUGGCUUGUCCUGCUUGUCGGAGCGGGACAGAAUUCGUUAGGCUAUGUGGUCAUAUGGCUCUUUGUGACCGGCCGCCUAGCGAUUCCUGCUGUGUGGAAGAUGUGUUUGUUCAUCUGUGUGGCGAUCAAUGGCCAGACUUACUAUAACACAGCUUCUAUUGUGACCUGUGUUAAUAAUUUUCCGGAAAACAGAGGAAUUGUGGUGGGUUUGAUGAAGGGAUGCCUUGGUCUUAGCAGUGCCAUUCUGUCUACUGCUUGGCGUGUUGUUUUCCCUGAGUCAGAUGGAUCUUCUUUCUUGUUAGUGGCGGCCAUUGUUCCUUCUGUAGUUGCCCUUGUGCUCAUGCCAAUUGUGAGGAAAUAUGAUCCACUUGAUUUUAUAUGUGGUUCUUCUACAACUAUGGUGAGAUUGGGCAUGGUGUCUGCUCCAGUGGUGGUUUUGGCUCUGUUUUUGAUGGGUUUUAGUUUUUGGGAUGGCCAUUCCUUUCAGGCAGAUCGAGUUGAAUUUGCAGUUGCACUUAUUAUACUGGCAGCCCCACUGUGGGUGGCAUGGAAAGCAAACCACCAGGAGAGAACUUCAACUUCAACUUCAACCCCAACACUUUCUGAGCUCUUGAUCACAAAUAAGGGAUCUGAUCAGUCUGUUAUUACAGAGUAUACAAAUAAGGGAGCUGAUCAGUCUGUUAUUACAGAGCAUACUAAUAUCUCUUUGUGGGGAGAACUCUGCAGCUUUAAUUUCUUUCUAGUCCUCUUCACUUCAGCCAUUGCUCUAGGCUCUGGCUAUGUAGCACUGAACAACAUGGGUCAGGUUGCAACAGCACUGGGAUUUACACAACACCAUAUUACCAUAUUUGUCACUCUCAUAUCAGUGUGCCAAUUUUUUGGGCGCUUUGGAUUUGGAAUUUUCUCUGAUUAUUUGCUCUCAAACUUUGGAGUAGCCAGGCCAUUGUUAACUGCAAUGGCUGGCUUAAUUUUGUGUUGUGGGUAUAUGCUUAUAGUAAUGGCAGGCACAUUUCACUGGACUAUGUAUUUGGGGUCCAUUGUUAUUGGACUCGCUUUUGGAGCAAAUUGGUGUUUAAAUCCUGCAACUGUGUCUGAGCUCUUUGGGCUGGCCCAUUUUGGAACACUGUACAAUGUUAUGCAGGUGGGGAUUCCAAUGGUAUCUUAUGUACUGUCUGUGUGGGUGGCAGGGUAUCUAUAUGACUCAGAGUCAGGUAGAGGAGGACAGUGCAGAGGAAGCAAAUGUUUUAAGCUCACCUUCAUCAUUCUGGCCAGUGUGUGUGUGUUGGCAGUAAUGUCAUCUUCUAUACUGUGGUGGAGAACAAGGCAUAUUUAUAGAAAGAAAUUUAUUUCAAUAUAAAGCAAUGGGUAUAUCAUUCAUUUAACAGUCAUGUUGGUUCUGGUUGUUUUUACUUAUAGUGUAAUAUAUACAUAUCUUUUAAUAAUAAAACUGUCUUUCAUUUGUUUUA